AAGUCAUUUCCUGUGCGGAAUCAACAUGGCUGCAUGGAAGGUCUUAAGCACAAGGAUUGAGUGUCUGCAAUCGUCCUUGCCGUUUUGUAGACAGGCCUACAAAAGUUCAGUUGGAGUUGUGGAACAGUUCAGAAGUUAUUAUGUUGACUGGAGGAUGUUACGGGAUGUGAAAAGGAGACAAAUGGCAUAUGAAUAUGCAGAUACAAGACUGCGCUUCAAUGCUAUUAGGAAGAACACUAUUUUGCCAAAGGAACUGCAGGAGAUUGCUGAUAAAGAAAUAUCCAUACUGCCUCGGGACAGUUGCCCAGUGCGCAUUCGCAACAGGUGUGUGAUGACAUCAAGACCACGUGGGGUGAAGCGGAGAUGGCGUCUUAGUCGCAUUGUUUUUAGGCAUUUAGCAGACCACAACCAGAUGUCUGGGAUACAGAGAUCAAUGUGGUGAUUGCCCAUCAUUUGUUUAAGUGGUGUUUUGGACAGCCCUGUUAUUCAUGUAAAUUAUUGAGUGUAAGGGCACAAAGCUGGAUAAGCAACAAGCACCUGCUUGGAUGUCAUUGUUUGGGGUGUUUUUGUAACUAAAUUGUCAUCACAAUCACUUUUUUCUUCAUCUGUCUAAUGUAAGUUAUAUUAUUUUAAAUGCAAUUAUAUUGUUUGAUGCUACUGUGAGACUUGUAUGUUGUGAAUUUAUUUGCUGUAAUUUUAGACCAUUCCAUAAGAUAAAGAAAAAAAAUAAUAAAUUUACUGUCAGUGA